AUUUUUGGUAAUCUCGAAAUAGAAUUUCGAGAAAAAUGUUUUAAUUCAGAUUAUUUAGUGCGAUAUAAAUACCAGUGUCUCAAAUGCACUCUGGAAAAAAUUAUUCGCGAUGUAUCGUAUAACCGAACUCAUCCCAACAUCCUGUCACCACAUACUAAAUGUUUAUAAAUUAUGAAAGUCAACGCCACAUUCUCAAUUCAUUACUCGAGCUGGUUAAUCAUACGUCAGAACACUUUGGUAUCUCAUCGAAGUAACAUCGUGCUCUAAAGAGUGUAUUCCAGAGUCAUUUUUAACUAAAAAUCUAUUAGAAAUCACAAAAUUAUUGUUAUUUGAGUGUUAAUUUGUGAUACCAGCUUCUUGAUUGAAUCUGAAUCCUAGAAGAAUAUUUUAUUAUUUUCGAAGAAUUUAUUCAGAAUUACGAUGUUUCGCUUGAUAUUUGCACUAGCUUUUCUAUUACAUAUAUGUGGAGAUGAAAAUUCACCCUAUGAAUUAAUACCUAUAGCGACACCAAUAUUACGAGAAGAGCUGUUUCAAGCCAAACUUUACCAUGAGAUUUGGACGACGAUCCAUUUUGUCGACACACUUGAGUUUGAAAGCCAUGCAAAUGAGGUGAAUACAACAUUACAAGAUCUUUGAAAUCAAUGUUCUAAAAUUAAAUCGUGCGUUUACGGAAUAGAGUUAGAUAAUAUGUAUAAAAGUCUUUAUUCCAUUCAACAAAAAAUUGAUUCUUUAGUCUCCUUAAGCGAUAAGAAAAGAGAAAAAAGAGGGUUAUUUAAUAUAGUCGGAACAAUACAACAUUUUUUAUUUGGCACUAUGUCAGCCGACGAUGCUGAAAGAAUUGAUAAACAAAUAUAUGACGUAUAUAAUCAUACGGGCCACAUAGCGACACUUUUAAAUAAUUAAACAGCCAUUAUCAAGAGUACUUUGCGCAAAUUUAUAAAUAUAACUGAAUAUUAUAAAAAAAAUAUGAAAAUUAUCAAGGAUGGAAUCAUUACAGUCCAGAAUGAAAUUUCUUUUAAUGAUAAUAUGCUAAAAUGCAUUUUAAAUUUAAAUAUUCAUAUAGAUAAUUUAUUAGGUAAUGUCAAUCUAAUCUAUGACUCGAUUGUUGAUGGAAAACUUGGAGUUGUGUCGCCUAGAUUAAUAUCACCCACAAAAUUUAUGGACGCUUUACGCACAAUACAUUCCAAAUGGUUUCACCAAGACUUACUAUUUCCUUUAAAUAAAAAUUAAUAUGUAAUGUACAUGAAAAUUAGUAAGAUUAACAUUAUUUUUUCCGCCGGUAAACUUAUUUAUGUAAUUCAUACGCCAAUACCAACUGGAUAUGAUUAUACUGUGUACAAAUUCACACCAAUACCCAUGUCAGGGUGGGCACGUUACUAUAUAUUUGACAGUAUUAAAAAUCAACCUGUUGUUGUCGAUUCAAAUUUUACAGAGUAUAGUGUAACUGAUUUAAAUGUUUGUACAUCUAUAAAUGAUUUUAAAAUUUGCGAGAUAACAUCUGCCGUUCAUACAUUUAACCAGGAAGAAAGUUGUUAUGCACGUUUGAUAAAAUACAAAGAUGAUAAUGGCUGUUCUAGAAAAUAUUUUGAUUUGCAAGCUGAUUUUGUUUUGGCUCUGAGUAAUGGUUUUAGUUGGUAUAUUUUACCAACCAAUACAGAAAAUAUCUUCAUAAGUUGCAGCGUUUCUAAAUCAGAUUUAUCUGUGACUAUUACGAAGCCUCGUAUAUUACAACUUAAUUCAAAUUGUAAAGGAUACUCUAAGAACCAUAAGUCACGUCAAUAAAACAAAAAUUUCAGAAUAUAAAAUUAACAUUCAAUUUCUACCAGUUGAGCAGAUAGCUCUAAAUACAUCAGCUUUAAAACUACCUGUAUUUACUUCAUCUAAUGUUGACACUUCUGAAAUUUUAAAUUCAGCAAAAAAUAUUGAAGAUAUCACGAAAGAUUUAUAAAUUAUUACAUCUAAUCAUAACUACCAUUCACGGCUGCUUACGGGUUGUAUUAUCUUUCAUUAUACCAUAUAUACUAUUGCCACUAUUUCAGUAUUUUAUGUCCUUUAUAAAACUGGAAUACUCAAUUGCAUUUCAAUUGCUUUUAAAUUUUGUCUAUUUCGACUGUGUCCAAAAUGUAUCAAAUGCAAAAAUAAUAAUGAUGAACGUAAUGAAGCUACUAUACCAUUUCAAACUACGAAUGUCCAAAUACGCGAAGAAAAUAUUGCUGCUCAACCGUCAACGUCUGCAGAUGAUCGAUCUAUUGUUCGAUAUGAUGCACGUACUCCAAUAUCAUAAAAAGUUUAUGUGUAAUUUCAGUGACGAUCCUAUUUGAAUAUUUUAGAUAUAUUUGAAGCUAUAUUUUAGAUUUAUAGUAUAUUUCAUACGAAUAUAUGAUGUUUAUACUGCAUCAUUCUGUACUACCAUAUUAUUUAUAUUAACAAUUUAACGCAUCUUGUACAAGCAUGCAAUAUAACAAUUAUAUAAGAGUUUAAAAAGUAUUUUGUAAUAAUUAUGAUGACCUUAUAUAAAAUCAACUUAUGAUACCUUAUAUAAUAUCAAUAUUAUCAAUAAAUUUUAAAUAAAAAUUAAUUGAAAAAGUUUUUGUUCGUAUAAUUCUGUAUAUAAAAUUUCAUUCUUCUUGUUUUUACUACAAAAAAUAAUUAGAAAAUAGUGUUUUUUCGUUUUAUUAAUGUUGGAAGAAAAUUCGUGCCAGAGAAUUAGGUGCGGUUUAUUAAUGAAUUUAUUAUUUUGUUUCUUUGCUAUAAAUGUUUAACAUGAAAUUUGAAAAUUGUCAAGAAAUUAAUAUGCUUGACAUUCAGUUUUUUUUCAAUUUGUAAUUUUAAAAAUUCUAAUUUUUAGUUUGUUUGAACAAUGGAAAACGAAAAUAUGAGUGAAGAAACUAUAUGCACUCUUUGCAACAAACUACUACAAAAUGAUACAGAUGAUAUCGUUCAAGUUCGUAGUAAAGGUCUAGAAACUUUUAUAAAUAAAAGUAAAAGCAGAGAGGAUGAAAAGUUCAAACAAUGGAUAGGAAAAGAGAGUGUAAGCUUUCAUGAAAUUUGUAGAAAGCGCUAUUCGGCAAUACCGCAGAAGGCAAGUAAAAGAAAAAGAGAUUCCUCAUUACCAUCUCCGCCAGCACAAAAUUUCUCAUUUUCAUUGCCGUCAUCGUCAACAGCAAGUGUUUUAGAUGACUAUAACUUUGACCAAUAUUGCUUUAUUUGCAAUGAAGUAUUAGAUCCUUCUCAUAAAAAAGUUUGCUACUUAAAACGCGCGUAUACCUAUCAGAAUCUUUUGAACGUUGCUUCUGAAAGAAAUGACGAUGUCGGUAUGUUGGUACUGAAUCGAUUGGGGGGUAUAUCACUUGAAGAAAAAAAACCUAGGUACCAUUAUUAUUGCUAUAAAUCUUUUUUACAUAAACCUUUAAUGACAUCAGAAGAAGAAACUGAACCAUAUAACACGGACCUUGAACCAUGUAAUUUUAAUGAUGAAACGGAUGAUUUAUUUGAAAAUAUAUACAAUUACAUCGAAGAAAGUGGAAAGUUUCAAUUCUUUUUAUCAGAAUUACAUGAUGUAAUUGAUACAGAUAUAAGUAACAAAGUAUUAUGCAAAAAAUUAAAAGAGAAAUAUAACGAAGAUAUUUUCAUUUUAAAACAUCGUGGCCGAGAAACACUUAUUUACUAUAAACCAGUCAACUUAACAAAAAUUUGUAGCGAUUGGAUCAGUAAGAAAUCAAUCGACAAUUUUGAAAAAAAUGCUGUUGUAAAUUUUGCUGCAGAAAUUCUUCGAGCUGAAAUUGUGAGUACGAAAUAUGAAAAUUCAUCUUAUCCACGUGCGCAAAAAUUUUUGGACAACGUCAAUUCAGAAAUACCCGAAUUACUGCAAAAUUUUCUCAAUCAUCUUUUUAAAGGAAAACAGGAAAGUAAUAUUGAAGAUAGUCAAGUGUAAAGCGACAUUAUUGCUCAUGCUAUAGUCUCCUUUCUGCGUCCAAGAGCUUUUCUUUCUAAAUUACAAUUAGCUCUCGGCAUUUAUAUUUACAGAAAAACGGGAUUGAGACUAAUGAUUGAUCUUCUGUCUAAGUUUGGUAUCAGUGCUUCUUACAAACGUAUUCAAAUGUAUGAAGCCUCAACGAUAGUAAAUCCACCAAUUCAACAUAUUGACAGUGCUUUUGUUCAGUUUGUAUUCGACAAUACUGACCAUAAUGUUGGAACAUUAGAUGGUCACCAAACGUUUCAUUGCUUAGGAGGUGUCGCAGUUUAUACUCCAGAUUUUGAAGUUGUGGUAGAGGGUGGUUCACAAAAAUUUUCAAAAAUGCCAACAGCUGCAGAGAUAGCUUCAUAUAAACAAA